GUUGGUGUAACGAGAAGGAGGGGGGGAUGAGUUGAUCUGAAGGCCUGUUCAGCCAUGUUAGUUUCCUCUGCUGUUCACAAACGAUGAGAGAGUGGAGUCAUGGCCUUGUCACUGAGCGGAGACGAUGAGGAAUAUGAGUCAGAGUCUGAACAGCAGCGUGCAGCCAACCGGCCAAAGCCCAAGAUGGGAACAUCAUCGGCUGUCAAGCUGCCAUCCAACCGCAGCUCGACUGGAGCCAGACGCAGGAGGACACGCUGCCGAAAGUGUGAGGCGUGCCUCCGGAGCGAAUGUGGAGACUGCCACUUCUGUAAGGACAUGAAGAAGUUUGGUGGACCAGGGCGCAUGAAGCAGUCCUGUAUUAUGAGGCAAUGCAUUGCGCCUGUCUUGCCACACACAGCAGUGUGUGUGGUGUGUAAAGAAGCAGGAAAGGAGGACACACUGGAGGAUGAGGAAGACAAGUUCAACUUCAUGCUGAUGGAGUGCUCUAUCUGCAACGAGAUUGUCCAUCCCAAUUGUCUCAAGGUGAGUGAUGCCUCAGGGGUGGUGAACGACGAACUCCCUAACUGCUGGGAGUGUCCCAAAUGCAACCAUGCUGGGAAAAGUGGAAAAUCCCCCUUGGUAUUGAAGCAAAAAAGGGGUCCCGGGUUCAAAUACGCCUCUAAUCUCCCUGGCUCAUUGCUGAGGGAACAGAAGCCCAUGAAGGAGGAGGGGGAUGCUUCUUCUAUAACCAAGAGGAGACCAGACAAGGAGGACACACCCAGGUACAGACCUGAGGAGGCGCUCCACCGACAGCCACCUCUGCUUUCCCCCAGCGGGCUGUCACGGCCCAGGCCUGAGGACAAGCUAAGGAAGAAAAGGAAGCUGUUUGACGAUGAUGAUGAGGAACAGGAUCUUGGAUUGAGGAAGAAGGAAAAGACAGAUGACCCUUAUUUUUCCAAACUUCUGCAUCCAAUCAAGAGAGAAGAGGAGGAUGAAGAUGCAUAUGAGGAGGAAAAUGAGGAAGGAAGAGAGCCUCACUUCCGGAGCAGUGUAGACAGGAAAGGACGUUUUGGGGAUGCUGAAGAGGAAAGGGAUUACAAGGACUUCAAGAGUGAUCCUUUGAAUGCCUCCAUUAAAACACCAAUUGGCGACAGUGAUCAGUCUCACUGCAGCUCUCCACAAGCCGGACCCAGCAGCGAGGGUGGAAGUGAGACACAGGAAAAGGGGCCUCGUCCGAAAGCCAGACGUAAGCGCCGUUUACCGAACAGAGAGCUGAGCCGAGAAUUGAGCAAAGCACUGAACCAGGAGAUCCAGAAGACAGAGGACUGUCUGGCCAACGAGAACCGGCAACCCCUCAAGGUGGAACCGGAGACAGAAAACGAGGAACCCAAGAAGCUUUUCCGUAACGGUAAUGAACUUGGUGAUCAGAGGUCCCACUUUAAGACCAAAGAGAUGAACGGGACCCCCUGGGAGUUGCGUCACUUUUACCCAAGUCAGAUCACACCACUUGGCUUCAACCGCAGCACUCCAACCACCCGGCCGGUGCCCCCCCGCUCUCCUCCUAAGUGCGUCCAAAUGGAGCGACACGUCAUUCGCCCUCCUCCAAUAAGCCCACCUCCUGACAGACUCCCCCUGAAAGAUGGUAAAGCACACAUCAUGCAGCGUGAGGUCUGGAUGAAGAUAUUUCACUAUCUCUCACACCAGGAGCUGUGUGUCUGUAUGAGAGUUUGCAAGACUUGGAACAGAUGGUGUUGUGAUAAGAGACUUUGGACAAAGAUUGAUCUGAAUCGCUGCACCUCCAUCACCCCACUUAUGCUAAGUGGGAUUAUCCGGAGACAGCCAGUUUCCUUGGACCUCAGUUGGACCAACAUUUCCAAAAAACAACUAAGCUGGCUUAUUAACAGAUUGCCAGGUCUGCGAGUGUUAAAGCUGUCAGGCUGUUCCUGGGCAGCUGUAUCUGCACUGUGCACCUCUAGCUGCCCUUUGCUGCGCACCCUAGAUGUCCAAUGGGUGGAGGGACUCAAAGAUGCACAGAUGAGGGACCUCCUCUCACCCCCCACAGACAACAGACCAGGCCAGCUGGAUAACCGCUGCAAACUGCGGAACGUGGAGGAUCUACGGUUGGCGGGGCUGGACAUCACGGACACAUCCUUACGACUCAUCAGUCGACAGAUGCCUUUGCUGUCCAGGCUGGACCUGAGCUACUGCAACCAUAUCAACGACCAGUCUGUCAAUCUGCUGACGGCAGCAGGGACCACGACCAGGGACUCCCUCACAGAAAUCAACCUAUCAGUUUGUAACAGAGUCACAGACCAUUCCUUGAACUUUUUUAAGCGCUGUGGAAGCAUCUGUCAGAUCGACCUUCGCUUCUGCAAACAGGUGACUAAGAAGGCCUGCGAAAGGUUCAUCGCGGAGAUGUCUGUGAGUGUACCGUUCAAACUGAAAGAGGACAAACUGCUGCAGAAGGCAAGCUAGUUCCUAACAAGACACUGACAUUUCAGACUGUCUUUGCACUUAAUGGAACAAGUGGUCCUGUGAUAAGUAUCUGAAUCACUCUCAUGAUAAACUGAAGUAAGACAGAGAGAGAUUAAUGUAGGUGAUAAAUGUUCACUGGACAGACAAAGUGGCAUGCAUGUAUUUCUGUUGAGACUGUACUUUUCUAAAGAUGUGACUGUAAUUGACUGUUGAGUUAUUUUUAUUCUUUGAAAAUUUAAAAAUAGUAUUUUUGUACAAACAUCAUUUAAUAAGUUUAGUGUCUCAGGAGCUAAAUUAAGACUGUACAGCCUGAGGAACAACACAUCCUUCAUCUUGCUGUAAACUGUCUGUGUGCCAAAAUCUGGAUUUGUUGUCACUUCAGCAUCAGAUUAAAAAAAAAAAAUGCAUGUAAUGUAACUAAAUGGUCACAAUUACUUUGAUUACUUAAAAUGUAUUUCAGCAGUGAUAAAAUAGUAAACAGAUUUCAUAUUCCUGUUACACGCCCAUGUUUUACAUUUUAUAUUUUUAAAUGUGGAGUGUUUUUGUUUAAUAGGAUUUUCUUUGAUAUAUCAAUAUUAAUUUAUUGAUUUAUUCUUCUUUUUUUUUAUUAUUCCACUUUGUAUUUAUUUAGUAAUUUUGACACGUGUGUCACUUAUAUGGGUCACACAGGUGGGUCAGAAUAAUGGUUGUGAAUAAUUUUUCAGGGUUUUUUGAGCCUAUUGCAGUGUCCAGUUGAAGCUCAACACUUAGUAAAAGGAUGUUUUCAGCCACAACAAACCCCAACACUGACUUUCUUUAAUGCAGUCAACCACACAGAGAUUUUUUUUUUAAUGCUGGUAACUAAUUAUGACCUUUUAAAGGUAUUUUUACAAGUUACAAAAAUGUAUUCCAAACAUUAAGUGUUGUGUUUUGGGUAUUGUGCUGUAAUCUGUUGCCUCAGGUGAAUGUGAUAAUGUUUAUAUUUGUAAAUUAAAAAAGGAAGUGCUAAUAUGCAUUAAAAGAAUUUCAUUUGUACCAUCA